ACAAGAAGAAGAAGAAGAAGAAGCGGGAUGUGCGGAAAUGAGCCGCAGCUCGAGUGAAUGACGAGGACAUUUGAGACUUAAAAGUGUCAAACAAUGGACUGAAGUCGAGUAAAUAACAGCUGGUUUGUCUUAAACCCACCGCGCCCUAAGCCGCAUCUGGACUCAGGACUCUGUUGUUGUCCGUGUCUUCCAUUAUUAUGUGUCACCUGCAGCUGAGGACGCUGGUUUUCGGCGCGUGGGUGCUGGGAUACGUGGCCUUCCUGCUCUCCGUCAGGAAGAUGUGGACGGGGAAGUACGUGCGGAGCCCACUGGUCCGGUCACUGAUGAGCAACAUGCUGAGCGAGGGCGACGCGACGGAGACAGAACAGUGGUACCGGUGCUGUCCAGAUCUUCUCGGAGAGACCGUGCGGCCCUUGUUCGUCCAGAGCCACCUGGACUCGGACACCAAGACUUUCCUCAAGCGCAGUGUGGAGAAGUCUGGCUGGAUGUUCACGCAGCUCUACCACUCUUUCAUGUCGUCUGUCCUCAGCCCCGUGGUCUCGCGCACCUCCAUCAACGGGUUUCUGGGCCGCGGCUCCAUGUUCGUGUUCUCGGCGGAGCAGUUCCGGCAGCUGCUCCGGAUCGACCCGGAGUGGAGGGCGGAGCGGCUGCUGGACCUCGGAGCGGGGGACGGAGGCGUCACAGAGGUGAUGGGGAGCCACUUCAGAGAGGUCUACGCGACUGAGGUGUCGGCACCCAUGAAGUGGCAUCUUCAGAGGAGGAAUUACAAAGUGCUGGGCAUAGACGAGUGGCAGCAGACCGGCUUCCUGUACGACGUCAUCAGCUGCCUGAACCUGCUGGACCGCUGCGACGAUCCGCUUCAUCUGCUGCGCGACAUCAAGCGCUCGCUCGUCCUCGACACGGGGCGACUGGUCCUCGCCGUCGUGCUUCCCUUCCAGCCCUACGUGGAAGUCGGAGGACGAUGGCAGCGUCCAACAGAACACGUGAAAAUCAAAGGGAAGAAGUGGGAGGAGCAAGUGGCCAACCUGAACAAUGAGGUUUUCCUCAAGGCGGGGUUUGAGGUGGAGGCCGUGACGCGGGUGCCGUACCUCUGUGAGGGCGACAUGUACAACGACUACUAUGUCCUCGACGACGCCGUGUUUGUUCUCAAAGCCGCAGACGACACAGAGUGAAGGACCAAACGCACACUUUUAACUUUGAGUUUCAUUUGUGAAAAACAAAACCUCCACUCGUCCAGCAGCCGUCUUGUGAUGCGGUGACACCUCGAGUUCUUCACCUGAAGCUCAGAUCUAAGACUCAUCAUGAUGUUGUUGCCGGGGUCUGUUCUGGAAAGUGUUUUACUGGGGCUGUCACAUUUAAACAUGUAAAGUUCACUAUUAUUACUGAUCAAUGCAGGCUGCCUUCUCAUAAACACCAAUUUAUGUAGUACCCCUCAGAUUCCAGUAGAGGGUGCAAGUUUUAUAUUAAAUCGUAUGACCACGUCGAUGCAGCGGAAUAUCACAAUGUUUUCUUUGUUUGUUUUGCAUAUAAUGUUUUUACCGAUGUUACAGUAAACGUGGAAAUAAUCAAAUGGCGUUGUAGUCCACUAGAGGGCGCCAAGUGCUAACUCUCACUAGAGCUGUCGCAAACAUCGUGAUGCUAUCGUAUUGUGACUUAAAUAUCACGAUACCGUAUCGUGGUGCGUGACCCACGAAUAACCUCAAACGCUCGAUAAAUAAAUGUGUGUCGGGUAUUUUAGUGCGUUUUUAUCAUCUGCGGGUAAUAUUGUAAAUAAAAAGGAACACACACUCGAUUCCGAUUAUUGACAAACGUCGCACACUACUGAGACGGUGCAAUCCGACUUUAUUUGUAAAGAAACCACAGUGGACCAAAAGUGCUUUACAGAGUAAUAACAAAAAAUAAAUAAAAUACUCACACGAGGCAAUAAAAUAUAUCUUUAAAAAAAUGAAAGCAUAAAACAUGGACAAUAGUAACGGCCAUGCAAUAAGCCACAAGAAAAACAUAAUAAAAUCCAAUUAGAAGUUUUAAAAUUGUUAAAGUUAGGAAAAGAUUUUGUAAGAAAGUGACAGCCCUGGUGUUUUACUGUAAUCAUGCUGUUAUAAUAUUGUGUUGCACUCUGUUCUGUGGUCUCCAGUGUACAGUCUUAGUGAUAUUUUUUGAAAUUGCCACAAGGGGGAGCUUUAUGAUUCACAAUAAUUUAUUCCAGGUGAUGUUGUUUUACUUUUGUGUCCAAUCUGCAAGUUAUCUGUGUCUGACCAAAAAUGAACGCUAAAGUGAUUUCAGUGUUGCUUUUAAUCGGAAUAAUCACAGCAUGAAACUUCCAUAUAUCGUCCCAUAAUCCCAGUAAAGAUGAGGCCUUUGUAAAGUGUCAUUUAUCAUUCAUUUUAAACUGCAGUAACUGUAGCCGCAAAUGAAGACGACGGAAUCAUGUUUUAAAGCUGCAGUACGUCGUUUCUGGUUCUUCAAGAAAUAAUAUUUGAGCUGUUUGGCAACGAAAAAGAUGCACUGCUUACAUUAAAUGCUGCACAAUACAUCUCUGUGACUGUCGAAGUAGCUAUAGCUUGCACCUUGGUCGGAGACUUCCGAGUGCGUUCCAGUUGAAGUCGGAUGUCUGGAUUUUCCCGAGUUCCUACUAUGAUGUUUAAACUGGAAGUUUAAUUUCCAACUCGCAAAACCCAACAUUGGAUUCCAAGAUGGCCGGUCCCAUUAAUGACGACACUCUCUGACCAAUCAGUGGCCGUCGGUCUGAUGACGUCACGUUUUAGUAUCUGCUCAGCUCACUUGGAUCCUCGUCAGAGCAGGAACUCAAAGGAAAAAACACCAGGUACCAGGUUCUACCACUGAUGGAAAAGAAACCGAGUAGAGUCAAGUCGUGCUAGAACUGUGUCAUGAAAAAAAACAACAUUGAGUCAACGAACUGUCUCAAUAUUGUCUGUGACAGCAAUAUCUAAAGUUCACCACCAUUAGUAGCUAUUAUAAACUCCUGGUCGGACCAGACCUACAGGGGACAGACUGAAGCAGCUAUAAUCCCUAAAGUUAACUCAGUUUUACGCAUCAUUUGUACUUGAAGAAUGAAAAUGUGAAAGGUCCAGAAUAAAAAUAAGUUAAUGUGUA